AUGGAAUUUUGCAUUAGUCAGUACUGGAGAACCUCGCUAAUCCAUAGGCCUUAUUAUUUUGUAGAAGAGGAAAACAACAUUGAGGAAGCCAUGGAGAGACUUCCAGCACACAAGAAAUGUCCAAAUGGUAACAAGUUGGCACAAAAGAGAUUGGUUCAAAAAGUGAACAAGUGUAUUCAAGUUGACAUGGACUUAGAAGAGGAGUCCCUCAGUGCAGAUCAGUGCACUGCUACAACUAUCUGCCCUCUUGAAACUCUAACCCUUUCACGGCAGCCACUAAGAACUUCAGAGAACUCUCUAUCCUCCCAGCUACCGGCCUGUUCAGCACUGCCAAGGCAGUGUGCGUCUCCACAUCCUGCUCUGCCACCAUCACCACUGCCCCCGCCACCCCCUCUGUGGCCUUGCGUUGGGCGAAGUACGGUACCUAUGCCACCCUCUUAUCCCCCAUCAUGCAGUAAUGCUGCACCUGAUGGUGCUUCUUCUGGACAUGAAAGCGAGCCUUGUCCUAAGAAGGCAAAGACACCAACAUUACGAAUGAAGCCAUUUGACUGGCAGAAGCUUCCCUGGGAUGUGGUGAGAGAAAGUCGCUCCAUGUGGGCUUCAGUGACCAGCAGCAGUGAUGACGUUAUAGAACCUGAUUACACAAGCAUAGAGCAACUCUUCUGUGUUUCACAAACAAGCCCCAAGGAGACAGCAGUACCCAAAAUAAAGGAAUCAAAAGAGAUCACAUUUAUAGAUAUGAAGAAAAGCCUCCUCUUGAACAUAUUUUUGAAGCAAUUUAAAUGCUCGAAUGAGGAGGUUGCUGACAUGAUUGAGAAAGGGGACAGGACCAAGUUUGAUGCUGACACUCUGAAGCAGCUAAUUAAGCUACUGCCUGAAAAGCAUGAGAUAGAGAACCUGAAAUCCUGCAAAGAAAAAGCAAAACUAGCAAAUGCAGACCAAUUUUAUCUCCUCCUCCUUGGGAUUGCUAGCUACCAGUUGCGAAUUGAAUGUAUGCUGUUAUGUGAAGAGACAAGCAGUCUGUUAGAUUUGCUAUGGCCUGAAGCACAAAUGAUCAGGAGAGCCUGUGAAACACUUCUUACCAGUCACCGGCUGCCCAUUUUCUGUCAGUUGAUUCUUAAAGUUGGAAACUUUCUGAACUAUGGGCGUCACACUGGAGAUGCUGGUGGUUUUAAAAUUAACACUUUGCUCAAACUAACUGAAACCAAAGCAAACCAAACUCCUAUUACUCUGCUCCACCAUAUUUUGGAGGAAGUUGAAAAAAACCAUACGGAUCUACUACAGCUUCCCAAUGACCUUGAAUGUGUUUCAAAGGCAGCAGGAACCAACUUUGAAGUUAUGAAGGCAGAGGCAGAUGCCCAUUUAAAGAAACUUUUGAAAAUUGAGCAUAACAUGUCAUCAAUAGAGGAUUUAAAAGCACAGUAUGGAAAAUCUAUUCAAGGCCAUAUAAACCGUUGGAAAGAACUGGAGGAGGAGCUUGCCACCAUUGAAAAGAAGAAGGCAGAACUUGCGGACUACCUCUGUGAAGAUCGAAACAAAUUGUCAUUAGAAGAUGUGUUUAACACAAUGAAAACCUUCAGGGAUUUAUUUAUCAAGGCACUAAAGGAAAACCAAGAAAGGAAGGAACAAGCUACAAAGGCAGAGAAAAGAAAGAAACUGCUGGAAGAGGAGGAAGCUAAGCGGCAAAAAGGAGAAUAUGGAAAUAUCAUUCAAAAAGGAGCUGUGAGACCAGAAGCAUGUGUCACUGAUGCCUUAUUAGUAGAUAUAAGGAAAGGCUUUCAGCUAUGGAAAACUACUAGGAACAAGUCUGAGCCAGAAAUUGUUCCCAAAACCUCAUCUACUGAAACUGUAUUGAAAAGAAUGUCUUUCAUAUCGGACUGUCUAAUGACAAGUGUAAGUAACACACAUCUGGUGGUAACUUAUAUUCAUCUUAUUUUUAUACAAAAACUAGUAGCAGAAAGUAAAAUUCCAUUAAAUUGA